AAGUAGUGGUGGAGGCGACAGCAGCAGCAGCAGCAGCAGGUUAGUCUGCUCGUGUAAUUCAGCCCCGCGGCACAGUGUGUGCACCUCUCCUCCCCUCAGUGCUAUCACCGGCGCACACACCUCUGCACACCUUAGUGCUCCUCCUACCUGUACCCGCCUCCCCUCGCCACCGUCUGCACUAGUCACCAGUAUUGUGCUCGCUGUCGGAGGACCACCAGAAGGACAUAGUCAGGUUGUGGAGGUGUUCCAUUUGUGACUUAAUUAACUGUAAACCGGGUUGUACCCACCACUUCUGUGUAGGAAGCCAAGACCACACAUCGUGGCACUCAUAACAACGCAAGAAUGAUCUCACCCAUCAAAUUUACUCGCCUUGUCUCCGCUCGGAGCUACUCCCUCGCCUGCUCCUUCCACAUUCACACACUCCUGUGACACACACUUUCAUCUUAAUCUAUUUCAAUCGUUUCCACUCAUUCCAUAUUUUUACACUCGCAGCUUUCUUGUUACCUGUCAUCUCAUUCUUACGUUAUAUUCAGUACAUCCCAUUCUCACCCAGUUAAGAAUAAAGUAAUACUAUAUUCGAUAUUCUUUAAUAUUAAAUCUAUUUUCAAGGUUCCUAACUCUAGAUAUAUUUUAAUUUAAAUACUAUCACUUUAGUAUAAGACUGCUCACUUUAGUACGUCUCAAAGCUCUUCGUAGUCACUUCGGGUUUCUCUCGUCCUUUUCAACACACACACACAAACACAAUGGAGCCCUUCGCAGAGGAGCUCUUGCCCUUCGUCAUAGCUGGCUUCAUCAUCGCCUUUAUAUUGGCCUUCGGCGUGGGAGCCAAUGACGUUGCUAAUUCCUUUGGCACGUCUGUGGGCUCUGGUGUGCUGACCCUACGCAAAGCUUGCAUCCUGGCAACUAUAUUCGAAGUGUUGGGAGCCAUCCUUAUCGGUUACAAGGUGUCAGAUACGGUGCGGAAAGGUAUUUUGGAUGUAUCACUCUACAACAACACGGAAAAGGAACUCAUGCUGGGAUCUCUUGCUGCACUGGGGGGUAGCGCCAUGUGGAAUUUAGUGGCUACUUUCUUCAAGCUACCCAUCUCUGGCACCCACACCAUUGUUGGAGCCACUGUUGGUUUCUCCUUGUGUGCACGUGGAUUCCAUGGUGUCAACUGGAGUACCUUUGGCAAAAUUGUUGCAUCAUGGUUUGUAUCUCCUGUUCUAUCUGGCAUAAUGUCUGGCAUAAUUUACCUGGGAUUAAACCACUUCAUAUUGAAGAAAGAAAAGCCACUUGAGCCAGGUCUCCGUGCUCUUCCCUUUAUCUAUGGCUUCACACUUCUCGUCAAUGUCUUUUCAAUUGUUCAUGAUGGACCUGCCAUGCUGAAGUUUGACUUGAUUCCAUGGUGGGGGUCCAUUGUGGUUGCUGUGUGUGUGGGUUUCCUGACUGCCGUUUUUGUUCAACUGUUUAUUGUCCCUCGCCAGCGGAAGGCAAUUCAUGCCCAACUUGACAAUGAAGCAACAAAGCAGGAGAAUGAAGUUAAAUUCACAUUCGACUCUGCUGAUAACUUAGAAAUGGUCGAACUAUUAUAUAACGAAGAAAAUUCCCGUUCGCCUUCGCCUCCAAGCCAGGAGUUAUCUGUGAUUGAGAAAGGCAUCUCUCCCACCACCUACACCUUUAGUGGCACCACAGAGUCCAAUGGAUACAUCCCUGCAGAAACCAAGUCCAGUCUUCUUGCAAGUGGACUAGAUGCCACCUCUCCUUCAUCCAACUCUCUUGGUGUUACUCAUAACAGCAGCCAAGUGCCUCUUGUACAUACCAACCAAGUGAAAGUGAUCUCAAUGGAGGAGCUCUCAGACAAAAAGGAUAUUGACACCGAGAGACCAGAGGUGAAGGGUCUUUUCUCCUUCCUCCAGAUUCUUACAGCUACUUUUGGCUCCUUUGCCCAUGGUGGAAAUGAUGUUAGUAAUGCAAUUGGUCCACUGAUAGCUCUGUGGGCAAUCUACACUGAAGGGUCUGUUGCCCAGAGGUCUCCGACACCCCUCUAUAUUCUCUUGUAUGGUGGUCUGGGUAUCUCCGUGGGACUGUGGGUGUGGGGUCGUCGUGUUAUUCAAACAAUUGGUGAAGAUUUGACUAAAGUGACUCCAUCUUCUGGUUUUACCAUUGAAAUAGGAUCUGCCUUCACCGUGUUGCUUGCUUCAAAAAUUGGUCUCCCUAUUUCUACUACUCAUUGUAAGGUUGGAUCUGUUGUCUUCGUUGGCUGGGCCAAGUCUUCUCGGCAGGGUGUCGAUUGGAAACUUUUCAGGAACAUCGUUAUAGCGUGGGUCGUCACGGUACCCUUGACAGCUGGUAUCUCAGCCCUGCUCAUGCUUAUAUUUAGAAUUGCCUUCUUGUAAAUCACUACCUGCUACUGUGAUACUCUGCAGGGGACAUUAACUCUCAAUCCCAGGUCUUCAGACUCAGUGUGGCUUCUUCUAAAUCCAUUCUUUAAAAGUAAAUUAGAAUACUUUGUUAGAAUCCAGUGGUUAAUUAUUAAAUAGAUUAAGCUGCACAAAAUACAUUUUUGUGUUAAUAUAUUUUUGUUAAUGAAAAUACAGUAUUAGAUACCAGUCUUUCUCCAGUCCAUUGAUUCUCUGUGAUUUAAAAUCUGCAAGAGGAGUUUGGUUACAGGAUUUGGUGUUAGUGAGAAGUCCCCUGUGCUACCAUCAUUACCAAACUUCAUUACCAUUGGUAGCCUCAGCUUUCUCAUGAAACAUCUUAACUUUUGUCCUUCUAAAACUUAUUUUUGCUUGUUAUUUAAUAACUGGAUUAUUGCCUUAAAAUAAGAAGUAAAUCCUGGGUACAGUUUUAUGAUAGUUUAUUUUAUUUAUAUAUUUUUUUUUGUAAGAAUGAAGACAGCUGUAAUAAAGUACAGUAGCUGAAACAAGAGGUGCAUGGCACUUUGUGAUAUAUCCUUAUACAUAGAUGCUUUUAGGAAAAUGCUGAGGUGCCAUACAGACUUAUUGUUCAUAUUAAGCUGAAUUUCUCUCUCACAAAUCUGGUUAGAGGAUAGUCUGUUUUGAUAUACAGUAUUGCAUGAUUUGUCCAAGUUAUUUAAUCUGUUUUUAGUAGUGAACUGAUGGUACAUUUUACUGGAUAUCUUGCCUCAUGUUGCAAAAUUUAUCAGAUGAAUUUUGGUUGUGAGAGAGUUAAUUCUAUUAAUUCACAAUUAUACAAUGGGUUCCACACAAUUCAUAUUCAUUUGCAAGGAUGUUGAGUCCUUGCAUUCAUCCAUACAUAUUUAUCAUUCUCAUUACAGUACUUGUUAGUUGCUUUUCUGGGAAGCAUAAUUUUAACUUCAAAAAAUUAUGAAUGUGAUUUUUUUUAAUAUAUAUAUAUUAAAAUGUGGGAAAUUUUUGUCAGGAGCUGUUAGGCUUCUGAUGAUAUGAGUGAGUAGCAGGCAUGUUUGUAUUUUGAUACACACUGUAUGCAUGUAUUAAAUUCAUAUCUAAAAUAUUACUGAACGAGAUAAUACUAUUCUGAUUUAACAAAGAUAAAUGUUAAAUUAAUUUAAGAGCGUCUUUUAAGGUAAAUAAAAUUGGCAAAAUACAGUAGACUUACUGUAUAUGGUUAAAUGGGAAGAAUGCCAGGUGUAUAUGAGAUGUAGUGUCAAUUAUUUUAAUUUUAUAUAAGGUAUUAAUCUCAGUCGUGUGAUUUGGAGUCUCGGUCCAAGCACAACAUUACUGAUUAGUUCAAUGCAGCCAGGAUAGAGGGUGGGAUGUGUUAAAGAGGGAAAAUGUACAGUUACCAGAAAGGGAGGGUUUUGGGAUUUAAAUAGGUUGGAUAAGAUAAUACAAACUAGUCGUGGUUAUUGUACCAGGAAAACGUGAUUGGUUACCUGAGCUGUAUUUUAAUUUCCAAUAUAUUUGUAUAUUUUCAUGAUUAAAUAUCAUAAGUAAUUUUUAUAUAUAUCCUGUAACAAAAUAUGAAUAAAAAACAUGACAUUUUUUUUUUACUGAUGAUUCUCCCUUUAGGGUUUAGGAGGUAAUACGUGACUGACUUUUGAUGUAAACUGGUCAUAUGUAUCUAAACAUGUGCAAUUUGCUACACUGCAGGGCACUUAAGCAUAUUUAUAUACAUACAUUCAUUCAUUUUUUUGCAAUUUUCAGUGUAAAGCUCAGUUCUAUUGAAAACCAGUACUACCUGUAUAUUUUGUUACUUUAUGACCUCAUAGUAUUCUCAAUACAAGUCUUAAUAUCAAAUUCAAUCAUCUAUAUAUACAGGCACUUUAUAUCUUGCAAUUUCCAUUUUAUGAAACAAUCUCAGUUAACCUGUACUUUUCUAUUUCAUUACUGUAUUUAUUUAUUUUGUUUGCAUAAUUUUUUUAUAUUUUUAUGAUAAACCUAUACUUUUUGUAAGUUUUAUGGUGUACAAUAAAAGAUUGCAAUAGUUUACUAAUUUGCACUUGCUUCUUAAAUGUGAGUGUUGAUCUCAAGUCACUGUAUAUAAAAAUUAUCUUUUCCUAUGUUGUAAUCCACAGGUUUCACUUUGUAUUACCUUGUUCUUGCUUAAAUUAUUGAUUCUACCUUUCAUAAUAUUGAUCAGACACUUUUUAAAUCUAUUAACUAUAAUAUAUAAGCAUACAGUAUAUGACAUACCUUGCAACAUAGUCAUGGGGCAUUAAACUAGCCUUUGAUUACAGACUAGUAAUCUGCCAAUAUUAGUAUUAAUUUGAAAAAAAAAAUAUUCAAUUUAAAAUUGACAAAUUUUUAAUACAUUUAAAUCCUAUAGCAGAAUUAGAUUCUGUUGAGUUGUACAUCUGAAGGUAUAUACAGAGUACUUUAAUCCUUAUUCUUGAUUUUAGUAUACAGGUGAAUUUCAGUCUUAAUCACCCACAAGCACUUGAUAGGCCUUAAACCUGACUAAACUGGAUUAUAAAAACUGCAUAUAUAAAUAUUCAAUUCAACUGUUAAGUUUCAAAUCUAAAUUGUAAAUUAUAUUUAAAGUAUUGCUGACUUAACAGCAGGCAUUUAUUUUCUCUAUGAGGAUAGCCAUUGCUAAAAAUCCACAUUUGUACAGAAAUAAAAUAUUUUGUUUGUA